AUGGGUGAACUGCAUUAUUUUCUUGGUGUUCAAGUCACUAAAACUGCUGGGGGUGGUCUAAUACUCUCACAAGAGAAGUAUGUCAGAGACCUACUCAAGAAGGCGGAUAUGGAAAAUUGCAAACCAUGUCAGACUCCUUUGCCUUCUUCAGUAAAGUUCUCUGCAUUUGGUGGUUCAGUGUUCAAAAACCCAAAGCUAUAUAGGUCAGUGGUGGGUCGCCUGCAGUACCUAACCAUCACUCGACCAGAAUUAGCCUAUAGUGUUGGCAAGGUGUCUCAGUUCAUGCAAGCACCUUUAGAUGAGCAUUGGAAGCCGGUAAAAGGAUGCUUAGAUAUAGCCUAUAGUGACUCUGAUUGGGAAGGAGAUCCGGAUGACAGAAAAUUCACUGGAGGCUUCUGUGUUUUUCUUGGAGAAAAUCUAAUUUCCUGGAGCUCAAAGAAGCAAGGUGCUGUUGCCAGAUCCAGCACUGAAGCUGAAUAUAGAGCUAUGGCUGAUCUUGUGGCUGAAUUAAUCUGGAUCAAUAGUCUCAUGAUUGAGCUUCGUGCCAAAAUCUCAACACCCCCUUCAAUGUUCUGUGAUAAUCUAAGUACUGUAUUGCUUGCUGCCAACCCAAUUCUGCACUCAAAGUCUAAGCACUUUGAAACUGAUUUGCACUUUGUUCGAGACUAUGUGUCUAAACAGGUAGUUCAAGUUAGUCAUGUCCCUGGUACAGUAAAACUAGCUGAUGUGUUGACAAAGCCCUUGCCAAGUGCUGCGUUUCUAGCAUUCAGGUCUAAGCUAAUGGUAGAAGACUUGAAGAAGCUCAAUGUUGCUGGACUCAAUCAAGAAGAGUCAAGGGAGGAAGCAGUCAAGGAGCAUCCUAAAAACUCAAAAAGGAAUAAUGAAGCAACAACAGAGAGACCAAUCAGCAGGGGUCAUGAUGGAGUUGUUCAGUUAACAAGUUUGAAGCAACAACAGAAAGGCCAAUCAGUAGGGGUGAUGAUAGAGUUGAGUUAG